AUGGAGCAGCAACAGAAAGAGAAGAUUUCUGUUGUUCAGGAGGCAGCUGGUGGGAGAAGGAGGGUUAGUGAAGCCCGUACAUUGUCAGUGACAGAUGGUGCCUUGCCGAUUGAAAAGAUUCAUCACCACUUUGUGUUGAACACGUUGUGGAGAGAAACUUGUGCCAUUCAGCGAGUCUCCGUCACCCUGGAUGUGGAAACAGCGCAUGCGCGGCUCGAGGUGUCUGAGGAUCGGAAGAGGCUGAGACUGACCGGGACAGAGAGGCGUCUCCCUGACACAGGGAAGAGGUUUACAGUCUGGCCGUGUGUGCUGGGAUCGGAGGGAUUCACAUCGGGGAAACAUUACUGGGAGGUGGAGGUGGCGGGGAGUCGGAACUGGAGUCUGGGAGUCGCCGCAGAGUCUGUGGACAGGAAGAGACCGACCACACCGAGCCCGGAGAUUGGAGUCUGGAUCAUAACGCGGUUGGAUGACGUGUUUGUUGCAUUCACCUCCCCUCCAUCCCGUCACCCCGCCCGUCCCAUCCCCGGGAGGGUGGGAGUUUAUCUCAGUUACGAGUCCGGGACAGUUUCAUUUUACGACGCGGACACCAAGUCCCAUCUCCACACAUUCACUGGGAAUAAAUUCACGGAGAAACUUUAUCCUUACUUCUGGCCUUGUGAUGUAAACCAGUGGCUGAGAAUCUGCUCCGGUUCCGCUCCGGGUGUUGUGGUGACAGUGCAGAGAGCAGACAGAGACCGUGACCACACUCUUUGA